UUUAAGAAGCUUAACAAUAUCAGAAAAAAAAACUUAAAUAUGAUGGAAAUUACCACUAGUCGCGAUCAAGUGGUGGAAGAAGAAUUAAGCGACCAGGAAGAGGAUUCAUUUUAUCAAGACAUUGACCUUCUACAGAACCAUGGAAUUAAUGUGGCUGAUAUAAAGAAGCUCAAAUCAGCGGGAAUAUGCACCAUAAAGGGUGUGCAGAUGACUACAAGGCGAAAGAUGUGUCAGAUAAAAGGGAUAUCAGAGGCAAAAAUGGAGAAAAUUAAGGAAGCUUCCGCUAAGUUAGCUAAUGCUGGAUUCGUCACAGCUUUAGAAUACAGUGAUAUGAGGAAGAUGGUUUUCAGGAUUUCUAGUGGAAGCACUGAGCUGGACAAACUCCUUGGAGGAGGAAUAGAGAGCAUGUCUAUAACAGAGGUUUUUGGAGAGUUCAGGACCGGCAAAACUCAACUGUCACACACACUCUGUGUUUCAGCACAGCUGCCAGGUGCAAAUGGGUACACCGGUGGAAAAGUGAUUUUCAUUGAUACCGAGAAUACUUUCAGACCUGAUCGCCUACGAGAGAUUGCAGACAGGUUUAAUCUUGACCAGAAUGCAAUGCUGGACAAUGUUCUCUAUUGCAGAGCAUAUACAAGUGAACACCAGUAUGAGUUGAUGGAUAGUGUGGCUGCAAAGUUUCAUGAAGAACCAGGAGUAUUCAAACUUAUGAUAAUCGACUCAAUAAUGGCAUUAUUUAGAGUUGAUUUUUGUGGAAGAGGUGAAUUGGCUGACAGGCAGCAAAAACUAGCACAGAUGUUAUCUCGACUGCAAAAACUGUCUGAGGAAUUUAAUGUUGCAGUCUUUAUCACCAAUCAGAUGACAGCAGAUCCAGGAGCAACAAUGAGCUUCCAAGCUGAUCCCAAGAAGCCAAUUGGUGGACACAUUCUGGCACAUGCCUCUACAACUCGCAUUAGUUUGAGGAAAGGGAGGGGAGAAACAAGAAUUGCAAAGAUAUAUGACAGCCCUGAUCUUCCAGAGAAUGAAGCCACAUUUGCAGUUACAUCAGGGGGCAUUGCUGAUGCCAAAGAGUAAACAUGACAC